AUGUCCUUCGCCAACCCUCGUCGAAGGACUGCGGCGAGGAGUCCUGGGAAGGACAAGGACAACGAGAGUGGCCUGGCACUUAAAACAACCAUGACCCUCCGUAAGGGUGCCACCUUUCAUUCUCCCACGUCUCCUGCUUCUUCAAAUUUGGAAGACACCUUUAAUCCGCCUCUACUCUCUCGGUCCCAGACUCGUCUUGAUGACGUUAUCGACGCCAACCGUCGACGCAUUGCUCUCACUCUGAGCGACAUCGACGAGGCUCUCUCCAGGACCGAGAACCUGUCUCUAUCGCCUAAACCCGAGAAGAAGAACCUUCGUGACACCAGCCUUCCUGUUCCCCAAAGCUUCCUCAACCUUCCUGUCGUUGACUCAACCAUGGCCCACCCCGAGCCUGAGCGUCCGGUCUUGCGCCCUCGCUCAGUGCGUCGAUCAAAGCAGCGAAUGUCGGACAGCGGCCUCGGUUCUUCUAUCGCCACUACUAUUGAGAAGUGCGAGGCUGCUCAAACUGCUCGAAAGAACGGCAUCAAUACACCGAAAACGGCAGUAGCCCUUACCGGCUCCGGUGGGUCUUCUACAAAAGGUUCUCUUCCUUCAUUGAGCCAAAAAGCCUUCAACCGCAUCCACGAGCACACCCUUCGUCCCCUUCUCGAGAAGCCAACCCUCAAAGAUUUCAAGUCUAUUGUGCUAGAUAUACCCGGGAGAAUUCGAUCCAAGGAGAUUAUUUGCCUUCGAGAUCUUGAAAAGACUCUGUUUUUUAUGGCACCAGUAAGUCGGCUUUUAACUGAUGACGGCGUUUGGAGUUAUACUCAUCAGCGAUUGCUUCUAAAGGGAACGGCCAAGUCCGCCACCUUGUACCUCGAUUUCUGCCUUACCUCGAUUCGAUGCAUUCAAGCAACUGUCGAAUAUCUUACGGAUCGAGAUCAAGUUCGACCUGGCGACCGCCCUUACACUAACGGCUACUUCAUCGACCUGAAGGAACAAAUCUACCAGUACGGCAGACAGCUUGCCGCCGCCAGAGAGAAAGGCAGCUCUGGCGACGCGGAUGUGGACAAGUAUGUACCGCGCUUCGUGCCGCUAGACCAUCCCGCUAACAACUAUCCAAGGGAGGAUGAGAUCAGGCUCUACGGUGGUAUCGCCGAGAAUGGCCGCCCCGCUGAACUCAUUCGCGUGAGAAAGGACGGAUCUGCCAUCUCUAUUGCUACUGGAAAACCUGUAGAUCUCAGCGAAAACCCCGUCACUUUCAAGCGCUCGCUUUCUGAGCAGCGUGAGGACGAGGAGGAGAUUAUGCGCUCCAUGGCUCGCAGGAAGAAGAACGCCACCGCUGAGGAGCUGGCGCCCAAGAAGUGCCGUGAGCCAGGUUGCAAAAAAGAGUUCAAGCGACCAUGCGAUCUGACCAAGCACGAGAAGACGCAUUCUCGACCAUGGAAAUGCCCUAUCCCAACUUGCAAGUAUCACGAGUUUGGAUGGCCCACUGAGAAGGAGAUGGAUCGCCACGUCAAUGACAAGCACUCUGAUGCGCCCGCCAAGUUUGAGUGCCUCUUCAAGCCUUGCCCAUACAAGUCGAAGCGUGAAUCGAACUGCAAGCAACACAUGGAGAAGACUCACGGCUGGACCUACGUGCGAACCAAAACCAACGGCAGAAAGCAUUCUGGCAAACCGGCCAGCUCUGCUCAACAGACUCCUCCUCUUGGUAAUACGUCCACCCCGUCCAGCACUCCCACUUAUAGCGUCCCAACUCCUCCACAGGAUCAGGAUGCCAUGACUUUCCCCACCUACCAAGCAGACAGCGAUUGGUUUGCCACGUACGGUAUCCAGCCAGCGACACUGGAUGGUAUGGACUUGACACUGGAACACACGUCUCCGUCUUCUGCCACCUCUUAUGAGCAGUACCCUCCUUACCAGAAUGGGUCGACGUUCAUCCUCAACGACGAGGAUCUCUAUGCUGCGCACGUGCAGCUUCCCGUGCAGUUGCAGGUGCCGGAGCAACUAUACAACAAGAUUAUGCCUCAGCAGCCACCAUCUUACAGGGAUGUUCAACGACGUCCGCCUCCCCAGUUGCAGGUUCCGGCCCACUUCUCGCCCUCUGGACAAGAAAACGCGAUGCUCUUCACUCCGAACUCACUUCGCGAAGUUGAUGAGGGGUUUGAUGAGGCAUACAUUGGAGACGGCUCGGAUUUCCCGCUUUUCCCUGCUACUUCUGCUCACAAGGACAACAAGUUUCAACAGCCCUUGUUUGCUGAGGUUCCUAGCGCAGAUGUUGGCUUCUCCCAGGCGUCCCAGGCAGAUUUGUUUGACCAAGUGGACUGGACAAACUUGGACCUCUAA